UUCCCGUUUCGACGACAUUUUGCUGCACUGAAGUGUAAUUGUGGGUAACUUGGAAACAUUUAAGCUCCUGAAUUACUAAAUUGAUAUAUAUGUAUAGAAUAUGUAUAAUCGAUAAAUAUUGAAUUUAAUACAUGGUAGUAUUUCAUUGCGGAAAGAUAUUCCAGAACUUUUUAAUUUACAUAGCUAGACUUUACUACGGAAAAUUUGGAGAUUUUCAUUGCAAUUGGGAAAUUCAAGUGCAGCUCCUGCAUGUGCUCCACAAUGGCGCGUCUGUUCUCUGCCGUGAUGAUGCUCCUAAUGAUGAGUGGGUUACCUGGGAAAUGUCUCGGAUAUGACGAUUAUUAUUACUAUGACGACGAAGACUACGACAAUGAACCUGAGAAAAAUGUCCCAAAGCUUAUAACCGGUCAGCAAGUCAAAGAUAUCGAGAAUGUUACACAGACAACAGUUAUCAGAUUGAUAGAAAGGGAAAAUCGCAUAAUGAGCAAGAAUAUGGACGACGCUGCUGCAAGAUGUGCGAAGGCGGCUGUGGUCUUUGAAAAUGGGUGUAAACGUUGUGGUGGUGACUCGUCAGUUCUCGGCCAAGUUUUAAAAUAUGCCGAAAAACUGAUGAAAAUCCAUCCCGUCUACUUGGGUAUCAAAGUCGGUGAAAAGGUUUUAAAGAAACUGAAGAAAAUCCGGAUCCGUAAGAUUGUCCAAAAGGUCGGGAAGAGUAUAGGAAGACUAGCAAAAAAUAUUGGAAAAACUUGGCGCGGACUGAAGAAGGGCGUUGGUAAAAUAGGUCGGCGCAUUGGAAGGAAGUUGAACCGCAUCGCACGUAGAGUCGGGAGGAAUUUAAAUAGACUUGCAAGAAGACUGGGUCGAGUUGCGCGAAGAGUCGGCAGACAAAUCAGAAGAUUGGUGAGGUUGCCGAGGAUACGGGUUCGACUACCACGGAUCAGGGUGCGGUUGCCACGCAUUAGAUUUAGAUUUGGACGCCGAUGGGGUAAGAGGAGGAAAAGGUCUUCCUGUGAUGAGUGUGAGAGGAUAUCGAAGAUAAAAGGAGAUGACAAUGUAGCCAACGCUAUAUGCCCGUUUUUGGCAGCCGUAAAUAGGCAAAGCUCAAAGACAGACGAGUUUUUGAAGAAACUUGUAUCCGAGAUAGAGAAUGGUUAUCCCAAGCUUGAUAAGAUCAUACACCACCCUUAUAAAAGUACUGACGAAGCUGUGGUUACCAUAUCUUUAAAAGAAGGCAACCACCCGUACACCCUGAAGAAAUUCAAACAACUCAGCAGCACCCAGGCCGGACGUAUCAUCGGGCAAUACAUCUUUAACAGGGCAAAACAGUAAUUUGAAAUGUAGACACCCUGUAUGAAAUAAAGAUUUCUGCACAG